AUGCCGCGCCCAAGUCUAAAGGCUGGCUCCUCUCCCCCGCCAGACCUGAAUCUCGCGCGAGCGGCCAUCCCUCCCGAGCUCCUCCGACUACCCUUGCCCUCAUUGCAGGGCCAAUUCCUUAAAGAAGUGGCGUCUCACACGACACAGCCCGCCGUCCCGCCGUCCCCGACCUCCGAUACAUCCCACACCCCACUCGGCAGUGAUGCUGGCCAGACUACGUCCUCACCGCUGCACCCGCGAGUAGCGGUCAUCUUGGGUGUUGACCGCAGGUGGUACAUCCCGCUGUUGGUAUGCCGGGCGCUGAGCACGCUGCCUGCGGCGUGGUGGGGGCUGCGAUGUGCGUUUACCUUUUUGGCUGAGCUGUUGCAUAUUAGGCCGGGGAUGGGGCGGGAGGGCUGGGCGGCGGCCAUCGUCGGGAGUGUGGGACAGGAGUGGGAUGUUGAAAGGAGGUUUAGGGUUACGGAGGUUGCGCUGGCGAUUAUGUGGUGCUGUGCAUCCGCAUAUCUUUCUUAUUUCUUUGCUGAUUGUAUGAUGUCUCGAUGGCUCUUGAAUUACACCCCACCUGCCGUUGUAAUCCGACUUUUGACAACGAACGGGCUAAUUGCAUAUAUCACCUCCUGGGUCCUCUACCUUUCUGGAGCAUCCUCCGAUCCACGCCUUCUCCUACCUGCCUGGAUAUCUAUCACAACCACCCUAACAUUCGUCUACCACGCCACACAAAACCACGCAACGAUAAAACGUGAAACAGCAGCCUCUUUACUCGUCGUCUCCGUCGCCAGUUUCCUCAGCAUGUCCUCCCUCCUCCUCCAACUCCAUCUAACCCGUGAAAACGAACCCGAAGUCCCCGUCUUCGUCAUCACCCGCAAACUAUGGGACUGGGCCGUUGCUAUCUUCCUACGAAUGCGAGUCGCAGAUGGUCGAGCCGUCGGCGAACUCUAA